AUGAGGAGGGACAACCUGACCUGGGAAAGUGAGUUUGUCCUCCUGGGGCUCUCCAGUGACAGGCAGACCCAGGCCGGACCCUUUGUCCUGUUUGGGGCCGCCUAUCUGCUGACCCUGCUGGGCAACGGGCUCAUCAUCCUCCUGAUCGGACGGGACGCACGACUGCACCUGCCCAUGUACUUCUUCCUCUGCAGCCUCUCGGUGGUGGACAUUUGCUACACCUCUAGCGGGGUGCCCCAGAUGCUGGUGCACUUCCUGCUGGAGAAGAAGACCAUCUCCUUCAUCCGAUGUGGGACCCAGCUGUUCUUCUCGCUGGCCCUGGGGGGUACUGAGUUCCUGCUCCUGGCCGCCAUGGCCUAUGACCGCUACGUGGCUGUCCGUGACCCCUUGCGCUACGUGGUGAUGAGGAGCCCAAGGUGCUGUGCUGGGCUGGCAGCUGUCUCUUGGCUUGUAGGCCUGGCAAAUUCUGUGGUGGAGACGAUGGUCACCAUGCGCCUGCCAACCUGUGGACACCGCGUGCUGAACCACGUGGCCUGUGAGACGCGGGCAUUCGUCCGCUUGGCCUGCGUUGACAUCACCCUCAACCAGGUGGUCAUACUGGCCUCCAGUGUGGUGGUGCUGCUGGUGCCCUGCUGCCUGGUCUCACUGUCCUAUGCCUACAUUGUGGCAGCCAUUCUGCAGAUCCACUCCAUGGGGGGACGCCGCAAAGCCUUCGGGACCUGUGCCUCCCACCUCACUGUGGUCUCCAUGUCUUACGGGAUGGCCCUGGUUACCUACAUGCAGCCUCGCUCCCCUGCUUCGGCCGAGCAGGACAAGGUGGUGGUGCUAUUUUAUGCUGUGGUGACCCCCAUGCUGAAUCCACUCAUCUAUAGUCUGCGGAACAAGGAGAUGAAGGCCGCUCUGGGUCGAGUUCUGAUGAGCAGUUCUGAAUCAAACCUUUAG